AUGACCUCAUCCAUUGCAAUUCUGGCCGUGCUUUUUCUUUUCUUCGGAGUGCACAACAGCAAAGGCGAAGAAGCAUCUGACUUGAUACUGUUUGAUUAUCACCGUAGUAAAAAUUUAACUGUACCAAGUACAUCCCGAAGUCAGUCUGUACAGGUUAAGGACAAGAUGGAAUGUUUCGGCAAGUGCAUUGGAGUUGGUUGGUGUCAAUCGGGUAAUUUCAAGACCACUCCAGAACAUAAUGGUCUUCACGUUUGCCAACUCCUGCCUUCUGAUCGAUUUACUAAAAGUAACACUUUAAAAGACAACCCUGUAUGCGAGAACUUUAACGUUAAGACCCCCUGCCACAGAAAGAACAAGCCAUGCCUUAACGAAGGCAGGUGUGUCUUUAAAAACAGUACGCAUCAAUGUCAAUGUGAAAAUGGGUAUCGGGGAAAACAGUGCCAAAAAGUACCACCAAACUCUUGCAAGGCACUUCUCCAAGCAAACUCUUCCUUGCCGUCUGGAUUGUAUUCCAUUUCCCCAGAUGGUACCAAUGUCAUCAAAGUCUACUGUGAUAUGGUAACGGACGGUGGAGGCUGGACUCUAGUAUACAGCUAUACGUUCACAAACUAUGGUAGUUUUAAAGCAACAAGAAAUGCAGUGACACCACAACCAAACUGGCCGAGCAAGGGUAACGUCCCAGUAUCAACCACCCCUCCCCUCAGUGAAACUGAUUACGCCGCGUUGGAUUUUGCUCUAUGGAAAAAAAUCGGUGUUCAAGAGGUUAUCAUUAAAUCCAACAUCAAUCACUGGAUUCAGUGCAACGAAGGAACCGGAAGUCUAGUGAACUGGAGAACUGGAAGUUUUACAUGUAAAGUGAUCAAAGCAGUUGCCUCCGAUUGUAUUGAUACUGUUCCUUCACAAUUAGCUAUUGCUAAUUAUGGGCCCUAUUUCAAAAAGAGUUCUGGCUCGCUGACUACGUACUAUCUCUUUGAAGUGUUCACAACAAAAAACUGGCCAACUCACGACCCUUGCGGAGGAAAUCAAGACAGACACGUAAAGGGUGUGGCUAAUCCCCAUGGUAACAUAUACAUACGCUAAAUAUCGUUACCCAGAACCAACGCAAUCUCAGCUCACGAUAUGUAAAAUAUCUAAAUAUCUAUGGCAUAAUAAUAGCAAAACUGAGGUAUACACCUAAUUGAAAAAACGUAUUCGUGUUUGAAAAGCUCACAUCCUAGAAGCUAAGACCGAAAGGGAUUUUGAGUACCACUAAAUUGGGAUUACAUUUGCAUAUACGGUGUUUAACAUGGUGCACGGUAAAGCAACUAGAGCUAGUAAGAUUAACAGCAUGAUAGUCCUUUAUGCUGGAGAGCUGUUUGUAUGAAAUUAGCCAAAUUGUUUGUCUUCCCAAGUACCCCUUCGGUCUUGAUUUGAUGAUUUGAUGAUUUGACCUUUUUGGACCCGAUAAAGUUUCUUCAAUUUAAGGUGUAUAUUUUGAACUUUGAAUCAACUUUCCAGCAACAUUUUUUGGAGGUUUGGAUGGGAACAUUUUUACAUGCUUAGUCGAAUAAGAGAUUGCUUAAAAUAACUAUCAUGAUGGUUUUAAGUAAAACUAGUUGUUCAGG